AUGAAUUUGGAAUCCUGGCCAGCGCUGGAAAAGUCAUGGCAGCGGCUGCAUCUCGACUACGCAGGGCCUAUUGAUGGACAGUAUUAUCUCAUUCUGGUUCAUUCGUACUCGAAAUGGCCAGAAGUCGUGCGCACCAAGGAUAUCACCAUAACAGCAACGUUGCGCAUUUUUCGAGGAAUCUUCACCAGACACGGACAGCCGGAAACGCUGGUUACGGAUAACGGGCCUCAGUUAACUAGUGACCAGUUCGAAACUUCUUGUGAUACCAACGGUAUCACUGAUCUAAAAACUGCACAUUUUCAUUCGCAGUCAAACGGAUUGGCGGAGAGAUUUGUCCGCACGUUUAAAAGGUCCCUCAAAAAGAUCACCGCAGGGGUUGAAACUCGAUGCAGCAAUAGACACCUUUCUUCUCUGCUAUCGUCCAACGAACCCGAUGGGAAAUUUCCCGCAGAACAUAUUUUUGGUAGACCAGUACGCACAUCGUUAGAAUUAUUACGUCCGCCAACUCCAUCACACAAGAUCCAAAAUUCCGGUCAAGAAAAACAGUUCAACCGGAAGCACGGAACCAAGGAAAGGAAUUACAACUUGCAAGAUCUGGUCUGGGUCAAGGUUUAUCGGAACAACAAGUGGAGCUGGCAGGAACAGUGA